UAUAUACGCUGGUGGCGCUAUACUCUCAAACAGGAAUACGUCACGUGAUUAAUCACAUGUGUCGAACGUUCGUACGCAGAUAAACAAAUUACGCAACUCGCUGAAUUGAAGUUCAAAAGAAGGAAACUUAUUGAUACAAAAUGCCAAUUUCUAGCAAUGCAAGACUUCUUGGGAAGACUCUGCGGCCCCUGCUGGCAGCAAAGUUUAGUCAGCCAGGUCCUGCAUCAGCUUCGUAUCACAAAAAUGUGAUCGACCACUAUGAGAACCCCAGGAACGUGGGAGCCAUGGACAAGAACGACAAGAACGUUGGUACAGGAUUGGUCGGCGCACCGGCGUGUGGAGACGUCAUGAAACUACAGAUCAAGGUUGACGAUGAUGGAAAGAUAGUGGAUGCUAAAUUCAAGACUUUUGGUUGUGGUUCAGCCAUCGCCUCCAGCUCCUUAGCCACUGAGUGGAUCAAAGGCAGAUCGGUGGAUGAGGCAAAGGACAUCAAGAACACAGACAUCGCCAAAGAAUUGAGUCUGCCCCCUGUCAAGUUACAUUGCUCAAUGCUGGCUGAGGAUGCUAUCAAGGCGGCGCUACAGGACUACAGGGUCAAGCAGGAUUCCAAGGAAGCAGCAACGAACUAAUACGAUCCAUGUUUGUAUGAUAUCUUUUCAAUCGUUCUUCAUUAUUAUUAGCGACCGCCCAAGUGAAAACCAAAAAAUGUUCUUUGUAGACAGGUUCCCUUAAGUACAUGUUUCAAUGGAAACAAAAAAUGUAGUCUUUGUAGACAGGUGGUCUUUAAAGCAGGUUUGACUGUAUCAUUAUUGUUAUGCAAGGAGAACACAGCCUCCUUUCAGGCUUUAUGAUAAGGAGGAUCUGUUUUAAAAUAACUGUCUCUGCUUGUUAUGGAAUUUCAACAUGGCAUAUUGUUUGUUAAAUAUCAUUUCAUUAAAGAACCUGUUUUCAACAUUUUGGCUAAGGCUAGAAAUAGUCUGAAAUAUUUGUGACAAAACUUAAAAUGCUCUGUUAGCUGCAAAGGCAUUAUCAGUAAAAAAAAUUUUUUAAAAAUGGACAUCAAUCUGGAUCCCCGAAAAUAAGCAGAUGACGGAACUGAUGUAAUGUAUUGUCUGUUUCAUUGUCUUCCGCACUAAAAUCUGGAAAAGGAUUUAUAAUUGUUUCAAACUAAUUGUUAUUGCUAUUUCAAGUUGGAGAGUAGCUAUAUACAGUGUGCAAACUAACAGGUUUAUUUUGUAUUUUAGGUACUAUUUUUUUUUAUGUUGAUGUUGAUUACAUAUUCAGUAUUUGAUUUUGACAUGCCAUUCUUAAAUCAUUGUUGCUUGGCGACAUGUGUAUGGAUUAAUGUUAUGAAUGUAUCAUUAAAAGCAAGGAAAUAUGUACAGGUCCAAGUUUGUUCACAUUUCACAAUAACCGUUUGUUCUCGGGUUUAGUUUUUUCUGGACGCUUUAUUCAGUAGUAAGAGCUGAGGUAUCAGAGUAAUUUUAAUUUAAUUUUUUAAUAUAAUGGAUGAAUCUUUCUUGUUACUGAGAGACAUACUAGUGUGUUUUACUGUUUCUAAACAGCUGUAAAAUUGAGUGUAUUUUUGGCAAAAGAGUAUUCCCAGGUAGACAAAGGUAGACAUGUGCAAUGAAAUGUAAUAUAAAAAUAAGAGUACAGGUAUAUAAUUGUGUUGUUUUCUUCUUACUGAAGACUUUGCAUGAUGCAUAGUACAUGCUGUAUUUUGGGACAGUUUCAUAACUUUGAUGGAAAUGACUUAUUGACUUUUCACAUCUCGCCUUUAAUUAUGUCAAAAGGAAUGUUGGUUAUUGCAUUUUCAUUUAUCAUGCAAUUUUUUUAAUCAAGUUAAUAAAACUGAAUGCAACUAAAAAGUAUUGUUCAGUGUUAAAUAGUGUCUGGUUGAAGAGAGGAGAUGGACAAUCUGUUUUCUGUUUAAUUGAUGCAGAGGGUUUAUGAUAUGCAAGGAGUUUAUUAUGGAUGGAAUCAGUUGUAAAUUAGUAUGCUGUUGCACAUUAUAUUGUGUGUUUGUAUGGUUGUAUUUUAUUUUGAUUAAAUCAGUCCAUUUUAUUGGAAGUUUUUGCUUUCCUCAAUUUCUUUGAUACAAUUUUCUGUUAAGAGCCAGGAGAGUGUUAUCUGAAAUGAUACAAGCGAUGAGUUUACUCUGGCACUAUUAAAACAGAUGUUAUAUCAUAUUGCAGGGUGAAAUAGAAUGCUACAUCAGAUUUACUUGUGGGCUGAAGCUUUAGCUGCAAAUGAAUACCGGUACAUGUAGUUUGUUUUACUUUGUUGAUAAGACUGUAAACUGAGAAUACUGUAUGUUCAUGUAGUGACUAUAAAGGAUGGUUUAAGUAAGUACUGUACAUGUCUUGCAAAUGCAUUUCAUUAUUCAGAUCUUUAGAUCCAUUCAAUGCAAGUACACUGUACCAACUGUAUUUCUUUGGGCCAUUAACUUCAGAACUGGGGGCCAAUUUUGAAGUACAUGUAUUUUUUCUUUCACUUGUAUCAAUAUCACGACUUUGUUACCAGAGUGUCAUAUAUGGGAUUGCACUUAUAUCCAAGGGUGUUAACUUUGAACUUAAUAAUUUGUGAUUUCGCUAUUGUUCAUCAUGUAAAUAAUAAAGUAAGCAAUAUAAGGUAA